AUGAGCAAUUUAUUAAAUAAUAAAUUGAUAUCGAGUGUAAAUAAAUUGAAUUUAACAAGUAUUAAAAGAGAAGUGAAUGAAGCAGAUGAAUCAGAAACAAAGUUAAAUUUAGUAGCCGAUACGGCAUUAAAUAGAAAAAAUAAUAGAGAAAACACAAACAGAAUAAAUAUGCAAUACAAUAAGUCAGCAUCAGACCCGAAUUUAGGAGAAGCGUCACUUGAUAGAAGUGUGAGCGAAGAAUCAAGGCACAGCACACCAAAUAAGGGUCACAGUUCAGCAGGGUCAACGCAAGGAGUGAGAGAAUCGACUGCAAAUAUGAAAACAACAAACGGUAUCACAAGUUUAGUUACGGGAACGACCACGAAAACAGUGUUCCCAGGAGAAAAAGAGAACAUGAAUGGCACCGAGAGUAUGAAAUACGUAACAGAAAUCAUGGAGCACGGCAGAGCUGCACUAGCACAGAGCCAGAGCAGCUCUGCAGCCGAAGAGGACCCGAACCGACGAUACUUGGACCCGUACAGAGCGAACACGGAGUCGACCGGUUACAUGGACGGGAGUAACCUGUACACGAUGAAGUCGAGUCCAGAAGUGACGAGAGGAGACCAGGGAGGAGGCACAGGAGAAAACACGAGGACAAGCUCAGAGCCAGCACGCCUGGACAACAGAAGCGCCCUGGAAAAGGAAAGCAGCAUAUCGAGCGACUACUGCCUGUUCAGCGAAAACUACGGAAAGUGUAACUUCUCAGACUUCUCGAAAAAUAACCUGGUGCUCCUGCUGUCGUUCAUUAACUCAAUAACAAGAGAGACGCUGCCAGUUAAGUGCAUACUGCUGACACUGAAGACGCUGCUGAGGUGCGUCAAGUGUGAGCUGAUAGAGCUGUGCCAAAUCGACGACAACAGCCUGAUCAUCAACUACAUGUUCAAGGAGGGAAUGCUGCACAAGAAGGAAGUCAAGUACCACAAACGAGGACUGUAUAACCUGGUGCUCUCAACAGGAAUGAUGGUGAAGGUGGACGACGUGGAAAAGGACGAACGCUACAUUAAGGACUGCGACCAGCACACGGAGCUUAGUCCGAGAAACAUAGUGCUUAUACCGCUGUAUAACCUGCAGCAGAGCAUCUGGGGAGUCGUCUCACUGUCGAACUACAGAGGAGGAGCGGCAUCGGGCGUCGCCGUCGGAAGCGGAGCGCACGGAGGAUCGCUGGGAGGAGUGAGUGGGAGCACAGGCAGCAGUAACGGCGCUGCCAGAGGAGUGAGCGACAGGUACGGCACAGGAGGAAUAGGGAACUGCACGGCGACCUCCGAGAGCGGCCCGAGCUUCGAAGUCUGCAGAGCAACGAGCUCGGACAGCAUCAUGGAGAGAGAAGAUAGCCUGACGUGCGCAGCAAACGAUAGCACCGCCACCGAUGAUGGAGGAACGACAAAGGAUGUUAACCUGGUAGUUGUGCCAAAUAACAGUGACAUGUUCGGCAAAAGCAGAAGCAUGAGCGGUAUAGAAGGGAAAUCUGAGAGAUAUGGUGACAUAAAUGGCGCAUCAGAAGCCAAGGAAAGCAGUAACAAGGUGCAUCAAGGAGACUCGGGAGAAAAAACAAACGCAAAAUUCGAUUCAGUAAACAAUGGCCCAAUCACGGGAAACACAGCUGCCUUGACGAGCAUUGGCGGUGCCGCUGCCCCGGGCACCGCCAAUGCAGGCAAGGAAGCCUGUGGAACAGCAGCAACGAGUGCAACGACAAACGCAACUACUAACACGGUCACAGCAAGUAGUAAUCACGCGGAAGAAGUCAGAAACAGCACAACAAACAGUAUCAAUAGCAGCCACGGAAGCAGAAACGGGAUGUUAGGAAACAACCAAGGACAAGGAUAUAGCCAAAUGGACGAAGAAAAACUAAAGUUCAUAUCGUACCUGUGCUUCAUGAGCGGAAUCAUAAUAAGUAACGCAAUGGAAAAAAUUGAGCUCGAAAUCAACAAACUCAAGUCAAACUCACUCAUCACACUGAUGCACUCACUCUUCUCAGAUCAGCUGGGAAUACAGAGCUGCGUAGUGGCACUGACGACGCACGCGAAGAAGCUGAUACAGGCGGAGAGCUGCGCAGUCUACCUGGUCGACCAGCCGAGAAACCAACUGUGGUCAAUCUCGAGUAACACGGGAGAACAGAGCGUGUACUCGCUGGACAACAACAACAACAUACUCUCGAUCUGCGUUAACACGUCGAAAAUCGUCAUCUACGACAACGACCUCGUCAACGACGGGAACCUGUUCAACAAAAGUAACAUCCUGGCAAUCAGCAACGGCACGAGCGCACUGGACGCAAGUGACCCCGCGACGGGAGCGGCGAGCAGCGCAAGUAGCACAAGUAGCAGAAUGAGCGGAAGCAGCUUCAUGCAGGGACCGACGACCCUCGGAGGAAACGGAAGAGGCGGCGAGGCAGCGGCGACAGUCGCGGAGACGGGAGUGGACAAGGAGGUCCUGGAGAAGCUCAAGGCGCUCAGAAACGGAAUCUGGGUGCCGAUCAAGCACGACCACAGGGUCCUCGCAGUGAUUGAGGUCGUCAACAAGCAGGCGCAGGAGCUCCUCCACUUCACGGAGGACGACCUGAACCUGCUCGAGCUCUUCGCAGUGAUCGUGGGUCCGCAGUUCGAGCGCUCGGAGUUCGCCUCGGCGGGACUCGCGAAGAAGACGACCGAGGCAGGGCUGGCCUUCGAGAACGUGGACAAGUACCUGAACAACAACAUCAAGAACUUCAUCGAGCAGUCGAUAAUAGAGGAGGAGGAGGCGAUAAUGGAGUAG